AUGGCACCCGCUACACCCGCAAAGGAUGACGAGGCUCACCAGCUUCUUCUGAGCCAACUCGAUAUCGCCGCUGUCCCCAAACCCUUCCGCAACCCGCACUGGAAGCCCUCCCAGCGCCGCAACAAGAACGUCAAAGCGAUCAUCUCAGAGACCACUCGAAAGGAAGCUUCCCAGUUGGCCACCCAGGUCAAUUCCGGCGCCACCACCCCUUUCCCUGCUACAUCAGCCACUGCGACCACCGACGGCGCCGCAUCACCUGCUGAAGGUGCCGGCAAGGCUCCCAACCUCGCACAGGCGGCUCGCGACCUAUCAACACUCGUGCUGGAGAAGAAUGCCCGCGCAAUGUUCCCCAGCGGACCUGCUGUCACCUACACCAACAUUGAGUCUGCGCCGUCGUUGGAUCCUUCCAAUAAGCGCCACUACUGCGAUAUAACCGGUCUCUCGGGCCCGUACACCGACCCCAAGACGCGACUCCGGUAUCACGACAAGGAGAUCUUUGGCGUCAUUCGCAACUUGUCCCAGGGUGUACCGGAGAGCUACCUCGAAACAAGAGGAGCUCACACAGUGCUCAAGUAA